ACCCCAAACAGACAGACCACUCCCACUCCCACUCCCACUUACACCUCUACACGACAUCAUCAAAUACACACCUUUAUGGACAGAACAGUGCUGCUUUGGAAUUACUGCAGAGAAGAGUCGUUGUUGUGUUUGGAUGUUUAGCUGGGUGGUCAAAAUUGGUCCCCAGCUGCCUGAACCACCGCCCAGAAAAAUUGAAGUGCAGAAGGAGGAGAAAGCAUCCGCCACUACCCCCGGACCUAAGAAAGUUACUUUUAAAGAUGAUUGCAACGCUGAAGCUACAAAAGCUGACAAAUCUAAGCAAGAAACACAGCCAGAAGAGGGAAACAGUCCAGCUCCUGGUUCUCCGUCGGGUGUGUUUGGGUGGAUAAGCAGCGCUCUACCUCAACCUGCAGUUUCACCAAAGCUGAGUCGAACCAACUCCACCACCUCCAAGGACGAAAACACAACAACCGGUAAUCCUGAAGACAAAAAAGGGAUGAUAGCUUGGAUCACUCAGGGUUUGGAGAAAGUUGUUCCUCAGCCCGAGCUGAAGAGCAAAGAGCCGCCGCCGCCGCCACCGCCGCCGCCGCCACCAGCCGAGCCGCCAACAGCCAAGCGGCCCACAGCCGAGCCGCCCAACGAGGUGUGUCAGAAAGCAGCUGCACCAGUUGCAGUGCCUAAGACGACUGUGAAGGACACAGGCAGAGAGGAAAAGACUGAAAAUAAGCCUCACCCACCCAGGAUGAUCGACUGGAUAAAGCAGGGUAUAGAGAAGGUUGUUCCUCAGCCAGAGUUUCAUGUCCGUUCAAUCACAGACGCCAAAGAGAAGCCGGAGCCUUCUGCUUCCACUAAAGCAAAGGCACCAGAACCUCCACCAGCUCCAAAACCAGCCACUGACACUGAGAAGUCUUCAAAGGAAGCAGAGCAGCAGCCAAAAAUGAUGGGCUGGAUCGUUGACGGGAUUGGCCGCAUAUUGCCUCAGCCUGUACACAAGCAGGACAGCGUCAGAGACGAGGUGCAGAAAAUCAGCAUCAUACAGGAGAAGACAGAUCUGGUCCUGGAGGAUGUGGAACAGGACAAGGAGGCCAAGCAGCAGGAGGAGCAGAUAAAUGACUGCAAUCUGCAACCGAUGGAAAAAGAGGGAAAGGAUAUAGAUGCACACAUGGAUCAAUGUACUCCAGUGAUGAACAAAACCAUGAAGGAGGCAGAAGUGGAAGUUUUGGCUCACAUGGAGGAAAGAUUGCAGCAGGAGUGCCUGGAGGCGGCCCGCGUAGCAGAGGACAUGGCCAGAAGGGCAGCAGAGGAGGCAGUCCGACAGCUGGAGGAGGAGCAUUCAGCUAAGAUUGUCAUUGAAACGCAGCCAGAGUCCAACGAGCAACUACCCAACAUCCUGGAAGAGGAGAACGAGGAUGACCCAGAGAGCCAUUUGGAAGUCUCUGUUGCUGAAGGUGACGGCACUCCUUCAUCAACAGAAGUUGAGCCUGCAUCAGAGAGGAGAGACCUGGAGACUCCAGUCUCUCAACAGAUCAGUGGACAACUAGAGCAACAAGCUUCAGAAGAUCAGACCGGCCCCACAGAUCAGGAGAAUGCAGCCUCAACAGUAGAAGGAGGUGGAUGUAAAGGAAGCUGUGGUGCAGGUUUAGAAGAAGUUCCUGAAGUCAGGGUGGAUGAUGUGGAUCAAGAUGUGUGGCUUGAAAAAGGCCUUAACAUCCCUCAAAUUAUCACAACCCCGGGACCAGAGGAAAGCACUUUGAACAUGUCCAACAUUCCCCUGCUCAUUCAUAGUCCUGCAGGUGAUCUGUCUGCAGACGAGGAUGAGGACGAGCUGAUGAGGCUCGGUCUGAAGACCUGGUCCAAUCAGGGUGACCGGCUUUCUGCAGAUGAAGAGACACGUCCUCUGUCAGCAGUAAGCGCGGGCAGCGUGGUGGUCCAGGACCGUCUGAGCGAGCUUGUCAGGCUGUUUAAAGGUCGUACAGAGCGUCAGAAAGAGAGGCUGUUGGACCCGGACGAGUCUGAGGAAGAGAGUCCCUCAGCCUCGCCUAGCAAAGCCCCCCCUCCUCCUCCACCUCCUCCAGGGGAAGAGAAGAAGGACGAUGCACCUGCAGCAGCAGAAGAAGAAGCAGAAGAAGAAGAAAAAGAAGAAAAGGAGUGGGAGCUCCCCUUCAAAGUUCUCGGACUACCGGUUAAAUUUCCCAGACUGCCACGACUUCCCAAACUUCCCCAGCUGCCCGACUGGCUGAGAGCCAUCAUCCAGUAUCGCUUCCCCUCCAGCAUCGACCCCUUCACCGAUCUGAUCUACGUGAUCUGGCUCUUCUUCGUCGUGGCGGCGUGGAACUGGAACGUGUGGUUGAUCCCCGUCCGCUGGGCGUUUCCCUACCAAACCCCUGAAAACAUCCACCUGUGGCUGCUGAUGGACUACACCUGCGACCUCAUCUACAUCACCGACAUCCUCGUCUUCCAGCCCAGACUGCAGUUUGUCCGCGGAGGAGACAUCGUGUCUGAAAAAAAGGACAUGAGAGAAAACUACAUGACCACUGAGAGAUUUAAGAUGGAUGUCAUCAGUCUGUUUCCCAUGGAGAUAUUUUACUAUUUCACCGGAGUGAACUCUCUGCUGAGAUUUCCUCGCCUGCUGAAGUACAUGGCCUUCUUUGAGUUCAACGACAGAAUGGAAGCAGUGAUGAAGAAAGCCUAUAUCUACAGGGUGAUUCGAACCUCCACCUACCUGCUCUACUCUCUGCACAUCAACGCCUGUCUCUUUUACUGGGGCUCCGACUAUGAAGGCCUGGGAUCAACCAAGUGGGUCUACAAUGGAAAAGGAAACGCUUACAUUCGGUGUUACUAUUUUGCUGUGAAGACGCUGAUCACCAUCGGAGGACUGCCAGACCCCACCACCGUGUUUGAGAUCUGCUUCCAACUCAUCAACUACUUUGUCGGCGUCUUUGCUUUCUCCAUCAUGAUUGGUCAGAUGAGAGAUGUGGUCGGAGCAGCAACCGCCAGAGAAAACUACUACCGAGCCUGCAUGGACAGCACCAUCAAAUACAUGAACUCCUACAACAUCCCCCGAGAGGUCCAGAACCGCAUCAAGACCUGGUACGACUACACCUGGAAGAUCCAGGGCAUGCUUGAUGAACAGGAGCUGCUGGUUCAACUUCCCACUAAAAUGAGGCUGGACAUGGCUGUGGACGUAAACUACGCCAUCGUCAGUAAAGUCGCCUUGUUUCAGGGCUGUGACAGACAGAUGGUGUUCGACAUGUUGACGAGGCUCAAAUCUGUCGUCUAUCUGCCCGGAGACUUUGUCUGUAAAAAGGGGGAGAUCGGCAGGGAGAUGUACAUCAUCAAACAGGGGGAGGUCCAGGUGGUGGGCGGUCCUGACCUGCAGACGGUGUUUGUCACCAUCAGAGCCGGCUCGGUGUUUGGAGAGAUCAGUUUGCUAGCGGGGGGCGGAGGAAACCGACGUACAGCCAACGUGAAGGCGCACGGAUUCGCCAACCUCUUCAUCCUGGAUAAAAAGGACCUGGCCGAGAUCUUGGUUCAUUACCCAGAGUCGCAGAAACUCCUCCGCAAGAAGGCAAAGACGAUGCUGACAAAGGACAAAAAGCCGGAUGAGAAGGUUGGGGGUAAAACAGCGGUGGAGGUCAUCCCGCCCAGACCGGACACCCCUAAAAUGUUCAAGGCGGCGCUGAGAGUGACGGAGCAGGCGGGAAUCGAGGGAACCUUCACCAAACUGAAGAGAGCCUACAAAUCGUCAGAGAGCAUGGCAGAGGCUCCUCCCUCCGCCUCUCCGGUCCCCCCUCCGUCUCCGAUGCACCGCCGCUCGCCGAUCCCCCACGCUCAGGCUAAAGAUGACGACGACGCCGUGUCGGAGACCGCCGACAGCUCUGUGGUCAUCAGGAUGACGCCACGGAAGGAAGGAGAGGAGCUGCUCACUGUGGAGGUGAAGAAGAAGAAAAAGACAGGGAAGGAUUGAUCCCACCGGAAAAAAACUCGGCUUCCCAGAAUGCCUUUCAGUAACGUCCAGAGGAGGAAUGUGGGUUUCAGGUUUACCAUCUUUGUGCAAAGUGCUUUUUCUCUGCUGGAUUUUCUCUCGGCUUUUAAUAAGGGCUUUCCAUUAACCCUUCAUUUGUCUCGAUGUUUACCUCACAAAUAUCCCCCCCCCCCCCCACCCCUCCGACUGAUGAGGAGAGAACACAACCAGAAUCUAAUCACAUUCAACAUCAUGAUUCUCAAGAUGAACUUGAGCUGCUGUUUGAGGGAAGAAAGUAGGAUGUAGAAAUGUACAACUGUAUAACAACAGUUAUGAGCGCACUGUUUCUCCAAGUCAACUGUAACAUUACCCAUCGUUUUGUGGACCUUCUU